AUGAAGGUUGCUUUGGAGAGAGUAGAGAACAGGGAGAAGAAUACUUGCUUUGAGGCUGCUAGAGCAGUGCACUUGGCGAUGAGGGGCAGUGGGAACAGUGGGAACACUCUGCAGGACAUUAAAGAAAGGGGAAACCAAACAGUUGUCACUGAAUUCAUCUUCCUGGGGUUUUCCAACCACCCAGAAUUGCAAGGAUUGUUCUUCCUGAUAUUUUUAGUUGUGUAUCUGGUAACUCUUCUGGGUAACCUUCUCAUAUUAGCAGCAAUCAGAAUCAAUCCUGUUCUUCAUACCCCUAUGUACUAUUUCCUCAGCAACUUGUCCUCCCUGGACAUCUGCUACACCUCCACCACUGUCCCCAUCAUGCUGGUGAAUUUUUUCCGAGAGAAGAAGACCAUUACCUAUGACGAUUGCCUGAGUCAACUCUUCUUCCUUGUUGCUUUUGCAGGCUCUGAGUGUGUCUUGUUGGCUGCUAUGGCUUAUGACAGGUUUGUAGCCAUUUGCCAUCCAUUACGCUACCCAGUCCUCAUGAGCAAGAGGGUCUGUGGCUACUUAGCAGCUGGGUCUUGGUUGUGUGGGUUAGUGAACUCUCUGGUCCACACAGGGCUGACAGCAACUCUCACUUUGUGUGGUCCCAACCAGAUCAACCAUUUUCUCUGUGACAUCCCCCUACUCCUGAAGCUCUCCUGCUCAGACACUUCAAUCAAUGAGGUUGCACUCUAUAUAUCCAGUGCCAUCAUUGGUCUGAGCCCCUGCCUCUUCACUGCUGUCUCCUAUAUCCUCAUUAUCUCUGCUAUCUUAAAAAUCCAGUCUGCUCAAGGACGGCAAAAAGCCUUCUCCACCUGUGCUUCUCACCUCACUGUGGUGGUCAUCUACUAUGGAACUGGAAACUUCAACUAUGAUCAGCCCAGCUCAGGCUACUCCCUGGAUGUAGAUAUGUUGGUCUCAGUUCUCUUCUGUAUUGUUACUCCUAUGUUAAAUCCCAUCAUCUACAGCCUGAGAAACAAGGAAGUAAAAUUUGCCUUGCGGAAACUAUGUGAAGGACAUAUUUUAUCCAGUGAUUCCAGUGUUCAAAUCAGAUCUUAA